AAUUUAUCUCAAAAUUGCCAAAUUUAUGGUACAAGACAGUCAUUGUUAGAGAUUAUCCUAAUCUGUAGAGAUUAUCCUAAUCUCUAACAGUGACUAAAAUGCAUCAGUAAAGUGAGAAUAAUGAACUUUACAGGCCUUUAACGUGUUUGAAAACAUAACAUAACACACAUAAGGUUAUUUUUCAACAGCAGAAAAUCACAUUGAAAGAAAAUAUAAACUCGAGUGAAAAAAUAUUAUGUUAAACAACACAGAAAUAAAAAGAUUAUACAAGUAAACUUCCACUAGAGAAAAACGUUCCAUUUAGUUUGGUUAUGAAAGAAGUGAAAAGUUUAGAAUAAUAUGUUUCAAACAAUUUGGAUUUAUUUAUUUUUAAUCUCGGGCGUUCUGUGUGACAACUACGCAACAUUUCGCUUUGCAAAUCAUUAUGCAGAUCACAUGGUGUUACAAAGGUCGCCACAGCGUGCAUUUUUGUGGGGGUACAGCGACAGUUAUACUAUCAUAAGUGUUUCUGUAAAGCAUACUAAAACCAACGAAAGACAGACUUACUACACUAAAACGUUCAAAGAUUCACGUGGCUUUAUCGCAUGGAAAAUAGUGCUGGAACCUUACAAAGCUGGUGGACCGUAUGACAUUAUUUGUAAAUCAAACGUUGAUGGCAAAUCGAUUAGUUUACGUGAUGUCUUGUUUGGUGAUGUAUGGUUUUGUAGUGGACAGAGUAACAUGGUAUUUCCUACGUCACACGCAAUGCAAGCUGAAAAAGAAAUGGAUCUUGCCUUUAAUUAUCCCCAACUUCGAUUAUUUGAAGUAGGCAGAUAUUUUUCGAAUGUAACAAUACAUGAGUUGAAAACGAAGAGUAUUUCUCUUCAAUGGAGCUUACCAACUUCAGGAAAACUGUCAGGAUUUUCAGCAUUAUGCUGGAUGUAUGGCAGGCGUUUGUUUGAUCAAUACCAUGUUCCAAUUGGUCUGAUCUCUUCUAAUGUUGGUGGGACGCGUAUAGAAGCUUGGUCGUCACCAGAUAUGCUAGCAAAAUGUAACGCUUCUAGAAAUGAUCAAAACUCGGCUUCAGCUCUUUGGAAUGCCAUGGUAUAUCCCCUGUUGAACACCACCGUUUACGGAGUUAUCUGGUACCAAGGCGAAAAUAACGUCAAACAUCCAUAUACUUAUAAUUGCACCUUCCCAGUUAUGAUUGCUGGGUGGAGAAAGGAAUGGUACAAAGCUACUGAAAAAAGUACAGAUUCAAUGUUUCCCUUUGGAUUUGUUCAGAUCGCCGUUAUUGGGAAAGAUUAUCCCCUUCCAAAAUUCCCAAUUAUAAGAUGGAAACAGACGGCAGAAUAUGGAUAUGUACCAAACCCAAAACAGCCCAAAACAUUCAUGGCCGUCGCUAUGGAUUUGCCUGACAAUGCCACACCAUUUGACACUAUUCACCCUCGCUACAAAAGUGACAUUGCAGACAGACUGGUGUUAGGAGCGCGCAAUAUUGCCUACAACGAAGAAACAUAUUGGACAGGCCCUGUAGUGGACAAGGUGACGUUAUCAACAAAAUGUGAAACCACAUGUGUCAUGACAAUAACAUACAAAAAAGAGACGCUGAGAACAACUGGAAUUGAGAUUCGAACCAAUGCUGGGUUUGAGGUUUCUUUUAACAAAUCAAACGUAUGGACUGGAUUUAAAAUUACAUCACACAAAAAAGAUCGUUUAUACAUCACUAUCAAAAAGCAACCAUCAGACAAAAUUACCGGUGUACGAUACGCAUGGAAAAUGGAACCAUGCUUGUUGAAGUUGUGUGCAGUGUACGGAGCUAGCGGAAAUUUACCAAGUCCACCUUUCAUUGCAUAUGGACCUUUUAUCGAAACAGAAGUCUAAACUUUUUGAUGUAACCAUUCUUUUACUUUUUUAUUAAAAGAAGUCAUCUGAAUCUAUAUUUUUAAUACUUACGCAAUAUCAUGCUUGCCUUAUUUUUUUUUACUGUUGUUUGUAACAUUUACAGGUAAAUGUUACAAACUUCAACACCUCCGUUAUGUGAUUUUACUGGUACUUCCAUAUAAUAAUAGCCGUUCUGGGACUGUUUGCCCAUAAUCGUCCUUCGACGGAAACACUUGCGGAUUUGUAGAUCGCUCUACGGUCUAACGAGUGUCUACUUAAAAGUUAGCGAUAAACUAUUGUUUGAAAUAGGUAUUACGUCU